AAGCAUUUCAUUUACGUCUUGGUUCGGUUGGCCACACGAAGACUAAAAAGGUUAAAUUGAAUAGAGAAAUGGCGACACAUAUCUCGUGGGAGUGCGACUCCAAAAAGGAAAACCUCUACGAUCGAAGUUCAUGAUGAAUUGAUGACGACUGUUGUUCGAGUUCAAAAUCCGUUUUUUCCUACUACUCCCCUUUUAAUUCAUUUUGAUUCGUGUUCGUCAUUGUCAAUUCCGAAACAGGAGGAUUGAUCUCAAAUCAAGAUAGUGUUAGGGAGGGAGAGGCGAGGGUUAGGGUUUGUGGAUCCAGUUCAAAUAGAAAUAAAACAAACAGAGAGAUGACGGAGGUGAUGCUCCAUAUAUAUGAUGUAACCAACAGUGAUUCCGAAAAGGCCAACAACACCAUUGUUCAGAUCAACAAGAUUUUCAAAGAUGGAAUAGGAAUCGGCGGUAUCUUCCACAGCGCCGUUCAGGUUUAUGGAGCGGAUGAAUGGUCAUUUGGGUUUUGUGAACAGGGAAGUGGGGUUUUCAAUUGCCCUUCUGGGAAAAAUCCCAUGUACACAUAUCGAGAAUGCAUUGUUCUUGGGAAAACAGGGCUUUCAAUCUUAAAAGUGAAUCAGAUCUUGAGGGAACUUAGUAGGGAAUGGCCAGGAGACUGUUAUGACUUGCUGUCAAAAAACUGUAAUCAUUUUUGCGAUGAGUUUUGUGAAAGACUCGGUGUGUCUAAACUUCCAGGUUGGGUGAACAGAUUUGCUAAUGCUGGGGAUACUGCUGUAGAAAUAGCAGAAAACACUGCUUUUCGGUUGAGACAAGCUAAAACAGAGAUUGUGACAGCUAGCAAAGUGGCGUAUCAAUUUCUUGCUGGAAUAGCUUCAAACACCACCACAAGUGUGAGUAUGGGUACAGAUUCAUCAGGGAGUUCAAGUAAAGGGGGUGGCCCACCUCUUUGGCUUAAAAACCUUGUGGCAGCUGGCGCAAAACCAUCAAGUAGUAGUACACUUGAAAAUGGCGAUGAUGACUUUCUGCAUAAUUUGUCACCAGAUAUACCACGAUGAUGACUACAAGAUAUGUAACACACAUUUGAUGUUUUCUUUUGUGAAGUAGUUUUGUUUUUUUUUUUU